AUCCAUUCUUCAGUUAGAAAUUAAAUGACUUUGAUCGGAUAGUUUGUGAAUUUUGAACUUGAUUAAAACUUUAGAUAUUGAACUGGUGCACUGUGAUAUUGACUUCCACGUACUUUUCACUUCUCAGGCACAUAGUUGUAUGUGGAUCAAUAAACUACCAUACACUUUCAAUAUUUUUCGAUGAAUAUGUGAAUGCCGAUCAAGGCCAUUAUGAUGAAAACAUGAUGAUUGUCAUCCUGUCAGAGAUCGAUCCUGAUAUUAGUCUAACGGCGUUACUUCAGAGAGAAAGCACUACAAUGAGAUUUUUGAAAGGAUCUGUGACAUUACCAGAAGAUUUGGAAAGAGCUAAAGUGAGAACUGCUGAGGCUGUGAUUAUUCUUUCUGAUAAAUGUAGUCAAACCCCUGUUGAAGAUGACUGGAAAAAUUUAAUGUAUGUUGUUUCCAUAAAAAAUCUGUAUCCAAAUAUUCGAAUAAUUUGUGAACUUAUGUUAAUUGAAAGUAAGGUGUGGAUGUCAAAUAUACCUGGGUGGAAGGAACAUGAAAGUGACCAAUUUGAUAGAGCUAUUUGUUUAACACAGAUGAAACUUGGCUUACUGGCAUUGAAUUGUGUUUCAAAUGGGAUAUCAACUCUGUUAUGUAAUUUUAUAAUGCGUGAUUCAGUACCAACAGCUGCAGUUAGGAAAACUUUACCUCGUUGGAUAAAUGAAUAUUUUCAAGGUACAAAAUAUAAAUUAUAUACAGUAAAAUUAUCUCAUGCUUUCGAUGGGAUGAUAUUUCAGCAAUUAGUUGGCUUUGCCAUGGAAUUUUGGGGUUUACUUUUGUUAGCUGUACAAGUUUAUACCAAUAAUGAUAAGAAAACUCAAAUGAUUAUCAAUCCAGGUGUACGAGUACGAAUUAAUACCCAUCGAAUGCGUGCAGUUGUUUUGGCUAAAAAUUUAAUCGAAGCACAACGCUUGAGGACUUUCUCAAUUGAUGAUCAAAUAAUGUUUGAUAAUUAUGGCCAAUUGAUGUUUUCGUCACUUAGUCGAAAUCAGGAUAAUAUAUGCGAGCAGUCAAAUACACUUUCCCCAAUUGCAAAUAGUUUUGUUAAAACAAUUCAAAUGUGUUUUAGAUUUCUUCGACAAUCAAUUGUAACUUACUGUAAAAUGAGGAAGGCCAAAGUAUUAAAAAAAGUCCCUACAUGUGCAAGUAGUUUUUCGAUGAAUUCUUAUUAUCGUUAUCCGUAUCCAGAUAGUACAAUAACUGAUUUAGCGCAAUUACAAAGACUGAAUGUAAUCGAUCUGCAAUGUGAUAGUACCGGUUUAUUUUAUUGGGUAACUGAGAGAAAAUUUUCAAAUAUAUGUUUGACGAUGAAAGAAAUGAUUCGCUGUCAGUUUGAAAAUCAUAUCAUUGUAUGCAUCAUGAAACAACCUAAAGAAAUAAAAUCAGGUUUAGCUAGUUUUGUACUUCCACUCAGAUCAACUUCGAUACCGGUCGAAGAAUUGAAACCAAUAAUUAUUUUGUGUGAAGCUAAAGUUAUUGAAAAUGAAUGGCGAUCUCUGAAAAAUCUCCCAAAUAUCUAUGUCUUUUCAGGAUCGCCAUUAAACAGAGCAAAUCUUCGAGCUGCCGGUGUUGAAAGAUGUUCAACUUGUGUUGUACUUUCAUGCUCAUUUGAUAUUUCUGGAAAGCCAUCAUUAAUGAUAGAUAAAGAAAGUAUCCUAUGUACUUUGAAUAUUCGUCAAUUGUUAGCUGAUGCACAUAAAACAAAUAUUUUAAAUAUGACUGAACACAAUCAUCCUAUGCUUGUAACUGAGCUUUAUGAUGUAACCAAUGCAAGUCUUCUAUCAACUAAAUCAAAAUAUGGAAGUACUUACUUCAAUCCAUUAAUUGCCUCAGGAAAUAUUUUCGAAUCUAAUGUCUUGCAUAGUCUUUCAUCAAAUGUACUAUUCGAUCCAACUGUAAUAACAUUUAUUGAGACAAUUUUAGGCGGUGGACCAGGUCAUGAAGUAGAAAAGGUAUUUGCUAUAGAUAGUGGUUUCUUUCCAGGCUUAAAGGGACAACCAGUCAGUACUUUGACAUUUCCAGGUUAUUUAACUGGUAAUAUACCAAGUCAAGUUGAUGAUAAAAACGAAAGUAAUCGAUUAUAUUCCAGUGAAGUACAAAAUACUUUGUCAACUACUGGUUCUAUCUCUGAUUUUCUGAAUAAUGAACACAAUAAAUCACUUUUAAAGAAGAACUGUUUAAGCGGAAAUAUAUCCCAGUUUGAUGGACAAACAAGAUCACGUCAAUCAAGUGACUGCUAUGUAGAAGAACUUUUGAAAGAGAAGACAGAUUCUAACUAUAUAACAGCAGAUAAUGAACAAAUAAAUGUAAAAAGUUUUUUAAGCUAUAAAACUGAAACAGGCGAAGCGAUUGCUGUUCGGCUGUCCCAACUUCGUUUAAUACCCCUUAUGGAAUUGGAUAAAGAACUUCAUCAUCUAGCUUCGCAGAAAAUUCUGACUUUCAGUCAGUUAUUUCAUGCUGAGUUGGCAAGUACCGGAACAAUAUCAAUCGGCCUUUAUCGAAGUGUUGAAGCUAGCAAUAAUAUGGAUGAAUGUUUGUCAUGUAAAAACAUAUACCUUGAAGCAAGUGGAAAAAUCGAAAGAUUUGUUUACACAUUACCAGAACCUACAACUCCAAUAUACCCAAAUGAUAUGGUUUACUGCCUUACAGCGAUGACUGAAAACCCAAUGGUGGGGUAG